AUGAGGACGGCUGAAUCGUGUUGUACUGUAGCCGUUUGGCGUUUAUACGAUAUUCAGGUUAACGCAGUCCACGACUUGGGACUUGGCACAGUCCCAGAUCUUUCGCCAGCAAAGUCAAUGAGUCUUGCCACUCUCAGCACCAAGCCACAACUCAAAGAGACAUGUGAAGUCAAUCCCUGGACAAACUUUCGGCCGAAACGGUUGUGCUAUCACUUCUACCCUGUCCUGUCCCCUCAAUCUAUUUUAUAUCCUAGUGUAUCGCUUUCCUCUUAUCACAUUUUCUAUGAUAACAUUCCACUCUCCCCUCUCGAAUUGCUGAUCCGACUUGGUCCUCCUAUUCUGAUAUCCGUCAUGGGCCAGUAG